AUGAUUGAUCAUUUCACGAAAUACGCAGAGGCAGCUCCCUGCACGACAGCAUCAGCGGAGGAGACGUGUGAUCACUUGAUAAAUGUUUGGAUAGCAAGGAAUGGCUGCCCGAUCACGUUCCAGUCAGACAAUGGCAAAGCAUUCGUAGGAGAUCUCACAAAGGAGUAUAUGAAGAAGUCGCAAGUGUCACAGGCCCACUCGACCGCUUUUUAUCCACAAACGAAUGGCCUGGUCGAAAGACAAAAUCGCACACUAGUUUCCAUGUUGAGGGUCUAUUGCUCACGAUACAUGGACGACUGGGAUAGGCAAUUGCCGCAGAUAAUGGGCGCUUAA